GUGCACUCAUAUUCUUUGAAUCGAACGGCAUAUACAUCCAUCCAUAUGUAUGUAGAUAUAUUUUGUUCAUUCGAGGUUAUUAUUUUAGUCCGGAUGGUAUUUUAAUUUUAUUGUUAUCUUACACAAGUUUAGACCGCGUAAUUUAGGUAAGACUGUGCAGCGUUGUACGUGUAUAAUUAAUUGAAACAAAAUUACGAAGUGAUACACCUUUUUGAAUAUCUUUUAUAAUGGAUUCUGAAGCUGUGACGAAAUUAAGUGAAACCGAAAAUUCGCAAUUGGUUAAGGAGUCGAAAGAAAAUGUCCCAACUGAAGCAACUGGCACAACUAACGAUGAAAAUGAGGAAGUGGCUAGUGUAGAGGAUAGCACUGAGAGUCAGUCACAUACAGAGAUCAAAACGACAACUACAAUCGUUACGACCAAAAAGGAUAAUGGCGAUGAAGCUCCCCUUACAGAGACCCAAACAACGACUACGGUCGUUCUUACAAAAAAGGAUAGCGGAGAGGGAACUGAAACUCAAAAGGAAACUGAAACGACAUCAUCAACAGUUGUUGUAGCCAAAAAAGCAGACGGAUUGGAAACAAAGACUACAGAUAAUGUAUCCAGUGUUGAAAACGGCCAGAUAAAAGCCGAAACUAAAGAAUCGCAGCCAGUUAAGCCCGAACCGGAAUCGAAGCCGAUUACAGAAACCGCUGAUAAUACCAACAAAAGUGGCUCGCAAUCGAGUAUUCCAGAUAUAUCUACGGAUGCCGCUGAGCAAAAUGUUAGCCUUUCAGAGAGGAAAGCAGAAGAAGAAGAAUCAGAAGAGGGUGACAGUACGUCUGAUGAGGAAGAGUUGGGAGAAGAGACCAAGACCGAGGCCAAGAUUGAAAAAAAUAAAGAUGACCAAGACGAAUCCCAUAUAGUUAGCCAGCCAGAAGUUGUUGUUGCCGCCGCAGAAGUGAAAAAAACCCAAGACUCGGUUGAGAAAGCAAACAACGCGAAUAAGGAUAUUAAUAAUCAAAUAGAGAACAUUAUAUCGGACAUUGAUAUAAAUAUAAAAGCACAGGAAAAAAUAACGCAACUUAAGGAACAGGAGCUGCAACUUAUCCAGAAACAAAAGGAGUUGGCCAACCAGAUUCAACAGCAACAACUAUUAGCACAAAAGCUGUUCGCCCAAAAUCAAUUGAAGGAACAGGAGUUGAAGGCGCAACAGUAUCAGCAAAAUCAAUUGAAGGAACAGGAGCUGAGGUCGCAACAGUAUCAGCAAAAUCAAUUGAAGGAACAGGAGCUGAGGGCGCAACAGUAUCAGCAACAGCAACAGCAACAGCAACUAAAGCAGUUCCAGAGCCACAACGAGUAUAAGGAGGAGAUAGCUCCAAAAGUAGCACAGGAUUACACAAAGGUUUAUGGCCACCAAGAAGAUGCAUACGACAAAAAGGAAUCAUCCAACUUGUCGAGGACUGUAGAUUUGCGCAAAAUAUUCACUCCAGCUACAGAUGCACCCGAAAUAUUGCCAAAGAACCGAAAGCUAUAUGCCUCAUCAGCAUUUUAUUCGCCAUCACUGCAUCCAACCGUGGAGGACCAGGUUGAGCUAGCUCGCCGAAUAUCGCAUUCAUUGAGUGACAUAAGCAAUCACACCUCUAAGGGUCAAUCAAUGUAUGUGAAUCGCAAAAAACGAUCAGUUAAAUGGGUUCACGAAGGUUCUGGCCAAGAAAUAGAAGAAGAUGAUAUUAUUGAAACACGCUCGUUAAGUAAAGAAAAUACGGAAGAAAUUUUGAAGCCCGAUUUAAAUAAGCUGGAAAAAAUGCCAUUAAAGCUAGUCAUGAAUCCACGAGGACAAAUGCGCGAUUAUAACUCACUGAAAGAAUCAAUAAAUGUUGAAUCUGGCCUUUUAUCACCUGACAAUUGCGCUGAGCUAAUAACUGCGCUGCAACUGCAUAAAGGCCGAGGAGCUGAGCUCUUUGCAAAGCGUCGUAGAAAGGCUGAAAAUUGGGUAGUCGACGAGACAAAUGCCGGCAUUCACAGUCCAUCUGGUAUUCCAGAUUACCAACAAUAUCAGGCAAGACCGGCAACCUCGCCGAGCAUUUUGCCCGCCUAUUCGGAUGCUGGCAAGCAUCGGGUUCAAUUGAAUCUUCACCAGGAUCAGCUCAUCGAGAAAUACUCAAAGCCCGGCGUUCAGGUGGUUAAAUCGCCCUGGGAAGCUGCUCUCCAGACGGGCUCGGCGAGCGCAGCAUUUUUGGAGGACUCCAGAUAUCAGAACCAAACACCGAUUGCCUCUCAAGCGUCACCUGUGCAUUUCAAUCAAGACCUUACCGAUUCACCCAGUUCAAUAGCAGAGCUGCCGUCACGUCAGCCUGCCUCUCUUUAUGCUCCAUCGAACAACGUACAGGAUCCGUAUAAAAAUCUGCCGCAGACUCGCGGCCAAAGCCAACCCAAUCAACAGCCGUGCAAUCCACAAAGAGAACUCGCAUACAAGCCGAGCGUGGCCCAAGGCUGGGGAGGUCGCAAUGUUGAACUACCAAGAGAGUAUUAUUGGCAACAAUGUGAAGCACAGAAUACUGAUGAUAUGAGUGAAUAUUAUUACUCAAAUGAACAUGUUCUCGUAGAUCCAAAGGUCUAUGGCGCUAAUCAGAGCGUAGUACAUCUAACUAAUAAUUCAAGCAACUAUUUUAACGAUGAAAUCGAACAUAGGCUACUUCAGUUAGAACAAUUUCAGAAAUGCUUUAUGCAACAGCAAAGGCUGCGUCUUAACCGAGAAAGCAAUUAUGGCAUGCCUGAGGCGGCAUCUGGUCAACGGAAUACGGACUCUGAGAUUGUAGCUCCAGAUAAUGCGAAAUUAUCAGAAUGUAAAGAAGAAGAUAUAAGAGAGGGUAUCGCUGAAGUAACUGAUCCAGUUAAUGUGCGUGAACUAAUUUUCUCAUUUGAGCAACAGUCCUUGCGAGAACAGGAAGGACUUCAGAAAAACCAAAACCGAUGCGAAUUUACAACUGAAAAAAGGCGUUCGAUUGACGAUAAUUCAAAAUCACAAAGUGAAAGAAAUUUUGAUGAUGGACCUACAACAAAAGGUUUAUAUGUGCCUAAGGAAAUCUCACUGGCAAGUUACGCACCUCCGCCAGUACAGCUAGGGGAUCAUCGGCAACAAACAUCUAACUUUGGAGGCCCAACAAAAGGCGACUUUUCCCAAGGAUAUCACACAUCUCAUGCUGGUGAAACACCAAGUGGCUUUCCUAUUUCGAAUCCCACAUCCGGAUUAUAUUCAUCAGUGCCGCCCAAGCAACAACUCUAUGCUCCGGCGAGCUACCAAAAGGUGCCCCCAGGCUCCGUCCAGGCAGGACCACAGGUCAACUUUAGUCCCUCGCCGUUGUCAUUUGACAAGUUGUCCAAAUUUCAAGAAUCCGACCAAAGAAAUGCGGGUGCAUCGAAUCAGCGAUAUCUUAAUGUAAACAAACAGCCAGCAUAUACAAAUGUGCGGAAUGCAUCCCCCACUCCGUUCUCAUCUGGAGGUAUCGGCAAUCGUGCAGGUUUUGAUAAUAUCCAACGAUCACCUUUUGCAUCGACCCCAUCAAAUUCAACUCUGCCACAAUUAAGCGCUUAUGGACAGAAUGCAUAUAGUCCGGAAUCUCAUCAAUUGCGUGCCCCUGGCCCUGGCCAAUGCUUUAACAACAGCGCUCGUGGCUGGAGCCAAGCCUCGAAUACUCAACGAAACUCAAAUGUCCUCUGUUCAAGGGUCCCAGUAGCGACAGAAGGUCUGCCUUACUCAGACUUCUGAAAUUGAUCAGAUAUAAUACCAUAUAUUAUAGUUCAUAAUUUGUAAUCCGAUUACGAUUUACGACAUGCUAAUCUUCUAUUCAACGCAUACAUACAUAUACAUAUGUGUAUACAUAUAUCUAUAUAAAAAUACACACACAUACACAUACUCAUAUACAUAGACAUAUUUUCAUAUACAUAUACACAUACACAUACACAUACACAUACACAUACAUAUACAUAUACACAUACACAUACACAUACACAUACACAUACACAUACACAUACACAUACACAUAUACAUAUACAUAUACAUAUACAUAUACAUAUACAUAUACAUAUACAUAUACAUAUACAUAUACAUAUACAUAUACAUAUGCAUAUACAUAUACAUAUACAUAUACAUAUACAUAUACAUAUUCAUAUACAUAUACAUAUACAUAUACAUAUACAUAUACAUAUACAUAUACAUAUACAUAUACAUAUACAUAUACAUAUACAUAUGUAUGCAUAUGAUUGAAUAUAUACGAUAUACAUAUAUGAAUGUUUAUUGAUUGCGUUUGUUUAUUUGCUUCUAUAAAAUAAUAAUAUACAUUUAUGAACAA